AUGUUUACUAGAGAAGAACAUGUUGAUCUUUUAUUGAAUACACUUAAUGAAGCUGUCAUAAUGUUACUUGAUGCUUGUAAUGCUAAUCAAGCUCAAGAUGAAAUUCUAUCAUUAAAAAAAAUUGCUAAGAAUAAAAAUUCAAAUCAUAAACAACAACAAAAGACAAUUAAAAAAUGUUCGUUUUAUCACAAAAAACCUGUUGAUAAAACUAAAUAA